GCCGGGAAGGGCCGAGGCCCAGCAAUGGGCGAACGCGGAGCUGCUGCUGCUGCGGCAGCGGCGGCGGGAACUGCGCCGGUGGGGACGAGGAAGCGGCGGGGAGCGGGGGGAACGCGGCAGAGCCCCGGGGCUGGCCAGGGAGACAGCGGAGAGGAGCCCGAUGGGGACUUCAGGUGCCACAAGGUGCAGGAGUCGCUGCUCAGCUCCUCCAGUGGCUACAGCAACUACCGGGGGGUCCUCAACUGGUGCGUGGUGAUGCUGAUCCUGAGCAACGCCAGGCUCUUCCUGGAGAACCUCAUCAAGUACGGGAUCUUGGUGGACCCCAUCCAGGUCAUCUCCCUGUUCCUCAAGGACCCCUACAGUUGGCCCUCCCUUUGCUUGCUCCUUGUGGCCAACGUCUUCGUCGCGGUGGCCCUGGCCUUGGAGAGACGCUUGGCAGAGGGCUCCCUUUCAGAGGGGCUGGGGGCUGCCCUUCACAGCCUCAACCUCUUGGCCAUCCUCUGCUUCCCCGCCGGCAGCGUCCUCAUCGUCACCUCCAUCACCCCCAUCGGAGCUGUCUUCGCCCUGGCUAUCUACACCAUCAUCUUCCUCAAGCUCUUCUCCUUCAGGGAUGUCAACAAAUGGUGCAGGGAAAGGAGGGGGGCACAGAAAGCUCCCCCAGAAACAGCAGGAGCUAAGAAAGCCAACGGGGCUGUGGGGCUGAAGGUGGUCACCUACCCAGCAAACCUCACCUACAGCAACCUUUACUACUUCCUCUUUGCCCCAACCCUCUGCUAUGAGCUGAACUUCCCUCGCUCCCCACGCGUCCGCAAGAGGUUCCUGCUCAGGAGGCUCCUGGAGAUGCUCUUCCUGAUGCAGCUGCUGGUGGGGCUGAUCCAGCAGUGGAUGGUGCCCACGAUCCAGAAUUCCAUGAAGCCCUUCCGGGACAUGGAUUAUUCCCGGAUCAUAGAGCGGCUCCUGAAGCUGGCAGUCCCCAACCACCUCAUCUGGCUCAUCUUCUUCUACUGGUUCUUCCACUCCUGCCUCAACGUGGUGGCUGAGGUGAUGCAGUUUGGGGACAGGGAGUUCUACAGGGACUGGUGGAACUCGGAGUCCGUCACCUACUUCUGGCAGAACUGGAACAUCCCUGUCCAUAAGUGGUGCCUCAGGCACUUCUACAAACCCCUGCUGAAGUGGGGGGUCAGCAAGUGGCUGGCCCAGACGGCCGUGUUCCUCCUCUCCGCCUUCUUCCAUGAGUACCUGGUGAGUGUCCCCCUGAAGAUGUUCCGGCUCUGGGCCUUCAUGGGGAUGGCAGCACAGGUGCCCCUGGCCUGGUUGGUGUCGCGGUUCCUGCGGGGCAACUACGGCAACGCGGCGGUGUGGAUCUCGCUGAUCAUCGGCCAGCCCAUCGCCGUCCUCAUGUACGUCCACGACUACUACGUCCUCAACUAUGAGGGCACCCAAUGAGGGUGGCCCCGGGGUG